AUGGCGAGGGAGGAGUGCAAGGCGCUGCUGGACGCGCUCAACAAGACGACCGCAGGCUACCACCACCUAGUGCUGACCGUCGGCGGCUCUGGAGACUCGCAGCACUUACGCAAGGAGCUGCAAAAGGCACGCCACAAGGCGCAGGAGCUGGCGGCCGACACCCGCGCUGGGCUGACAGCCGCGCUGCGCGACCGAAGCCUGGGCGCGGAGGAGCGCACCGAGUUCGAGCGUCUAUGGGUGGCCUUCGCCGGCUGCCUGGAGCUGCUGGAGGUGGACAUGCAGCGGGCGCUGGCGCUGGGAGCUGCGUUCCCGCUGCACGCCCCGCGGCGGCCGCUUGUGCACACGGGUGUGGUGGCACGCUCCUCGAGCACCCGCAGCCUGCGGCACGAGGCCGACAGCGACUUCGACGUGGCCGACCUGCACCAGCUGGAGCGCGAGAUUCUCCAAGUGCGCCAGAUGAUCGACGACAUGGAGAUGAAAGUUAACGUACCCCGCUGGACUGUACAGGCCCGGCAGGCGGCCGGCGAGGAACUCCUGGUCGGUGCCAUCGCGGGGACCUCCUCGGUUGGCGGCGUGUCAAUAGACGAGAACACGGGGGCCUGCGAUCCAAACAAAGCCCUGGCUGUCACCGUUUUCAGCGCUGUGCUGCUGGCGGCUGUGGCCUUGGCAGUUUGCGUGGCCAAGCUGAGCUGA